AUGGCAGAGAGAGUUUUUGAAAGUUUCCUGAGCUGCCAUGUGUGUUCAGAGACUUUCAGAGAUCCUGUGUCUCUGAGCUGCAACCACAGCUUCUGUUCAAGCUGCCUGAAGGAAUUCUGGGAACAAACUGGAAACAAGAACUGUCCCAUCUGUAAAAGAAGAUAUUCUAAGGAGUGUCUGCUAGUGAAUUUCGGACUGAAGGAAGUGGCUGAUAUUUUUGCUGGCAGACAGAAAUCUGGAUCAUCUGAGACAGAAAGAGGAGAAAAGCAGCUGAUGGUGGUCUGCAGUAAACACCAAGAAGACCCUAAACUGUUCUGUAAAGACGAGCAGAGAGCUGUGUGUCCUAGCUCACUGUCAGAUCCACAGCUGGUCUCAGGAGCUCUGAUAGAUGUGGCCAAACACCUGGGCAACCUGUCCUUCAGAGUCUGGGAGAAGAUGAAGGACAACGUCCACUUCAGUCCUGUCAUUCUGGACCCAAACACUGCUUAUGGACGGCUGCAUCUGUCUGAUGAUCUGACCAGUGUGAGAUAUGGAGACACAAAGCAGCAGCUUCCUGAUAAUCCAGAGAGAAACACUAAGUACAAAUUUGUUUUUGGUUCUGAGGGCUUCAGCUCAGGGAAACACAGCUGGGAGGUGGAGGUUGGAGAUCAUCCUAGAUGGAGACUUGGUUUGGUUAAAGAGUCUGUUGACAGGAAGGGAGAGUUAUGUGUUUCACCUGAAUUUGGAAUCUGGUGUUUGCUGCAUGAUGAUGGAAAAUACUGUAAUGGUGUUGGUAAGACUCUCAAAGCGAAGAAGAGUCUCCAGAGGAUCAGAGUCCAGCUGGACUAUGACAGGGGGAAGGUGUCCUUCUACGACCCUGAAGACAUGUCUAACAUCUACACUCACAGAGACACUUUCACUGAGAAACUUUUUCCUUAUUUUUCUGUUGGAAAAUCUGCUGAUGCUAAAACGUCUGACAUCAAAAUCAGUUAAUCUGACGUUUCUUUAUUAUUUGCAGACAAGUUAGCUUUAAAAUAAUACCAGAUAUUUGGUAAAAAUACUUUAAAUUCUU